AUGACCCACCCGACAGGCUCCGUCUGGAUACCAUCCAUGUUGCCCUGGCGUACGUUUGUAUUUCCUGUUCCGGGUAGCGGUGGUAGUGGUAGCGGUGGUGGUGGUGGUGGUGGUGGUGGUGGUGGUGGUGGUGGUGGUGGUGGUGGUGGUGGUGGUGGCGGUGGUGGUGGUGGUGGUGGUGGUGGUGGUGGUCGGGGUUGUUACUGUCACCGCCUCCCCCUCCCUCCCCCCCGAACAAGAUACAUGCUGACUGACAGCAGUCACCCUAUCUCCACUUCCGCCCCGGUGACUACAGAAAAGCUCCCCGUGCGUAUGCGGGCGAUGAGCGCUAAAGUCAAUUAA